CACAGCCAGUAUUGCUGUCGCUGGGGCUCAAAGGAUGCUGGGAGGCAGUGUGUGCGGAAGCAGCGCGAGCAAAGGAGACGUCACUGAGGUAAACGCUACCGGUGGCUAAUCGUUAGCAGCGCGUUAGCAGGAGAGGCUCCAGACAUGGAGGACAUAAGCACCGUGAGGUCCUGGUUCUCCAGCCCCGUCUACAGCCGCUACUGGCAGCACUACCAGCAGGCCAUGGCCUGGCACCAGAAGCACAGGCGAGCCUACAGCCGGGCCUUGGAGGCCGGCUACGGCCCCGGCUACGUCCAGGAGCCGGCUCCCAGCAGCCGCCGGCGCCACCACCAGCGCCACCAGCGCUACGUGGACUGGCGCGGCAAGGAGAGCACCAGGGAGGAGGAGAGCAGCUCGGACAGCGAGAUCGAGUGUGACGUCAGCAACAUGGAGAUCAGCGAGGAGCUGCGGGAGUACUUCGCCCAGACGGAGAGACACCGGGAGGAGCUGAAGAAGCAGCAGCAGAUGGAGGCCGAGGAGCAGGACAGCUACGUGCCGGCCGACCGGGACCUGCGCGCCCCCUCCUGGAGAAGCACGGCGGCCCCCCCCUGUGAGCGACCCGGCGAGAGACGCGGCGCCGAGAUGAAGAAGCUGUACGGCGAGGACGCGGCCAAGAUCCUGGCCAUGGAGGCAGCGAUGCAGCUCUCGUUCGACCGGAGCUGUGACCUCAAGCAGCCCAAGUACUGGCCCGUCAUCCCGCUGAAGCUGUGACGGCCCGCGGGGCAGCCGAGGAGAUCCGGCGGGUUGUUGUGUCAGUGACGCUGCAGCUUUCUGGUGAAAAACGGAUUGUUGGCUGACGAAGCCACGGAUGAAGAGGAAGCAGCUGUUUGGGGCAGCUGAGGGAUGGAAGUUAUUUUAAGCACUUGAAAGUUGCAUGAAUUAGUGAAGCUUCUGCUUCACGGGACACGAGCGUCACUGACCUGUCAGCUGCUGCCCCCCGAUGGAAGCACACGGCUGUGAUCGCACGCCUGACGCGGGACCUUGUGUUGGUUUUUUUUAAAGGGCAGAAGCCGCCUUGUCAUUGGCUGAGUGUCAGACGUACAGUGUAGCUGCCCCUCCCUCCCCCCGCAGGUUACUUGAAUACAUUCCAGUUUCUUUCUAAUCUGUUUCUGUUCCCCCUCCAGCUCGGUGAUGCUUCACGCUGCAGUACCUCCUGCCCCCCC